AGAACAUUUUUCAACCGCAGAAACACAUCUAGGAAGCAACCGCGAAAUCCUAAAACCAUGCUAAAACCCCAAACACCACCGAAACGAACAGCAGCGACGGGAACAAGAAGAAGAAACUGAUCUAAUCAUCAAUGGCUAAAUCACUUUCUCUGCUCUGCUUCCUUCCGAAACCAAUGGCCUUUUCAACAACAACGAAAGCAACAUUCUAUCCUUCUCUCUUUCCCUCAAAAAGACCCACUCUCUCAAACAAACCUAUCUUCUCACUAUAUCAAAAUCUCUUCUCCACCACUUCUACUAGAUACCCUCUUCAAUAUGAGAUGAUCAUUAACCGCCCCGUUCAGCCCCAACGCCCCCAAUCUCGGCCACAACCUGCUCGAGUCACUAGACCAGACUCAGACUCAGACUCCGACUCAACUCAAAACCCAGAUGCAGAACUUGGUCUUGAUUCAUGGGUUGAUCGAAAACUGUCUGAAGAUGAGAUGGAUAAGUCUAAAAGAAAGUAUUAUAGAAAGAGGAGGAAAAGAAUGUAUGGGUCAGAUUCUGAUGAUGAAAAUAAGAAAAAUGAAGAGGGUUUUGUAGAGUUGAAGCCUGAAGUUGUAGAAUUUCAUAGGUUACAUAAGAGAGAGGAGGAGUUAUAUUUUUAUGAUGCUUUUGCUUAUCCAUGGGAGAAAGAUAAGCAUUAUAAGAUGGUUUAUCAAUUGGAGAAAAAGUAUUUCCCUGACCAAUGCCUUGAUAAGGCAUUUCUUGAUCCUAAAGACUCAAAUAAUGUAAAUCAAAGUGGGAAACCAAAGAAGACCAAGAGUGGGGUUAAGAGAGGAGAGAAGGAGAGAGAUCAUAGUGGGGUUGGAGAGGGAGAGGAAGAUAAAAGGUUGGUUUUUUUUGACGAAGAGGAGAAGGGUGAGAGAGGGACUGAUUUGAAUGAUAAGAAGGAUGUUACCGAGAGGAAAGUCGAGGAAUUCUUUAAGUGUUUGAAAAAAGUUCCCAAUAAGGAUAAUGAAGUGGAUACUGGAGAUCCUUAUCUUUCUACAAGGAAUGCUCUUCCACCAAGGUGGGAUGGUCCUUAUGGGACUGUGGUUUUGGUGAAUAAGCCUAAAGGAUGGACUUCAUUUACAGUUUGUGGAAAGCUGCGUCGCCUGGUCAAAGUGAAAAAGGUGGGGCAUGCUGGGACGCUUGAUCCUAUGGCAACUGGUUUAUUGAUUGUGUGUGUUGGUAAAGCCACAAAGCUGGUAGAUAGAUAUCAAGGUAUGGUUAAGGGUUAUAGUGGAGUGUUCCGUUUAGGGGAGGCUACUUCAACUUGGGAUGCUGAUUCACCGGUUAUUCAACGUGAACCUUGGGAGCACAUUAAAGAUGCUGACAUUAAGAAAGCUGCUGCAUCAUUUCGUGGGGAGAUAUGGCAAGUUCCACCGAUGUUCUCUGCAAUCAAAGUUGGAGGUGAAAGGAUGUAUGAGAAAGCAAGGAAAGGAGAAAGCAUUGAGCUCUCGCCUAGAAGAAUUUCAAUUUUUCAAUUCGACAUAGAGCGAAGCUUAGAGGACAGGCAAAAUUUGAUCUUCCGAGUGACAUGCUCUAAAGGAACAUACAUUCGGUCACUCUGUGCAGAUUUUGGAAAGGCUCUUCGAAGUUGUGCUCAUUUAACUGCUCUUCGAAGAGAUUCAAUUGGUGAAUAUUCAGCAGAAGAUGCAUGGGAAUUCAAAGAACUGGAAGAGGCAAUAACUAAAAAUUAUUUCUAACUGCUGAUUGCAAUCUGUUGCGCGAUUACUAAAGUUCAGGACGAACAGUGUGAUCAGGAGACGACAUAUACUGAAGCUAUGAUCAGUUCAUCUGUAUUCAAUGAUCUGCAAGAGGCAAUAAGUUAUUUUUAACUGCUUAGGCAGUUCAUAUCAGACUCCCAAAAGUUUUGGAGCCAAAGUAUGAUUGAAUAGAUCCCGUCAGAAUUUUGAGGGCCUUUAUGUAUGUGAUAAAAACCUUAAUUCGAUUCUGGAACUGGAGAGAACAAUGAAAUGACAGAAAAUGCAUCAGGCAUGCUAAUUGGCUA